AUGUCUCUCCCCGCCACAAUGGACGCCCGCGUCCUUUCCUUGCAAUCGCCUAAGCGCGCGCGCUCGAGCCCGACCCGUGCUUUCUGGGCCAAUGCCGCCUGGCUGCUCUCGCGCCGCCGCCUGCGCCGCCGCUCGCGCCGCGCGGGUUCGGUGUCUCCUUCGCCCACCCCGUCGCCCAUGUCGCCUGCAGUCGCGCCCUCUUCUCCCUCGUCACCUGCGCUCUUGCCCUAUGCGCCCUCGAGCGAUCUGGAUUUCCUGUUCAACGCCGCCUCCGAUAGCGACUUGGAGUCCUUGCCUGACUUGACCGACGACGCAUCGAUAUGUUCGGGCCGAAGUGCAGUGACACCAGUGAAAGACCCAACUCAUCUUUCCCUUGCGGAAGACAUCCACACCCCAGGCCGCAAAGUCUUGUUUCCUUGGGCACAUGCUCAUCUAGCGCCGAGGCCCACUUCGGUGACAGUGUUUGACAUUCCCGAGUUGGUCCACAAAAUAAUAGAGUACGCGCACCACCAGAACACCGUGGCGCCCCAUGAGAUUCCAGGACGUGAUGUGGACCCCAACGUUUUGUUCACAUGUUUGCAGGUCAACCGUCUCUUUUACAAUGUCGCACGCCAACUCUUGGGGCAGCAGCUCGUGUUUUCGCGCGAAAACAACUUGUAUCAGUUUUUGCGUGGGCCCGCUCGCACUAAUCAAUCGUUCCGCCCGCGCGCAUGCAUGUUCAGUCGUUUGGUGGGUGCCAAGCAGCCCGCCAUUGAAACUUUUGCGCAGGCCAUUGAUGCAUCGUCGCUCGAGCGCCUUGAAGUUUUCAUGUGUCCAAAACUUCAGCCUACGCCAACACUUUUCCACCAGGCGUUGAAAACGUUGGUGGUGGCUGGGUCGCGCGUUGCGGACGACGUUCUUUUAACGCAGGUCGCACGUCGCUGCCCGAACCUCGAAGUACUUGACCUCCGCGCAUGUGAACGUGUCACUGACUGCGGCAUACACGCCAUUGCAUCGUCUUGUCGCCGCUUGGUGUCUGUUAAUUUGGGCCGCAAAAGAAAGGGCCAUCUUAUCACAGACCACUCGACUGCGGUGCUUUUCGCGCGCAAUCCACGUUUAGAAACUGUGGGCCUUGCCGGAUGCCAUGUCAGCGACCGCUCUCUAUGGGAGUUGGCACUCCAUGCCGGCUCUUCCGUGCAGCGGCUCUCCCUCAACAACUGCCCUCAUAUUACCGACCGGUCGCUUCCGGUUAUUUUGCAUCAUAAUCUCAUGCGCAACUUGUCUGUGCUCGAAAUACGUUUUCUUGCUGGCGUUACCAAUGUGGCGCCCAUUGUUACAUUCAAGCGCAGCCAACAUGCUCGAGGUGUCUUUCUUUUAGUGGAGACAUGCGAAGAGCUUCUGGCUCGCAUGCAAGAAUGCGAGCGCUCCAUGGACACUGUGCUUUCGAAGCGUAUCUACCAGGAUAUAAGUGACUGGGCCAAUGCUAGUGAUGAUGACGACACAGCGUACGUCCAGUUCAUGAGCUCGCGCAGAUAA